AUGGAUUCAGCUCCACCAUUGUUGGAGCUAGAUCUUAGCAACCUUAAAGCCCUCAAAAUCCUUGGUAAAGGUGCCAUGGGCACUGUCUUCCUCAUCCGCCACCCCACAACCACCACCACCAACAACACUACCGACACCGACAACAACAACAACACCGACAACAACAACAACAACACCAACCUCUUCGCUCUCAAAGUCGUUGACAAAACCUCCAUGCACGCUAAACUCGAUGCCGAACGUCGUGCCCGUUGGGAAAUCCAAGUUCUCUCAAUGCUCUCCCACCCUUUUCUCCCUUCCAUUCUCGGCAUAUACGAAUCGCCACAAUUUCUUGCAUGGGCGCUACCCUAUUGUCCAGGUGGAGAUCUCAAUGUCCUCCGUUACCACCAAAACGACCGUGUUUUCUCUCCCACCGUUAUUCGAUUCUACCUAGCUGAAAUCAUCUGCGCUCUCGACCACCUUCAUUCCAUGGGCAUCGCUUACCGUGACUUAAAACCCGAAAAUGUCCUUAUCCAACGCUCUGGCCACGUCACCCUCACCGAUUUCGACCUCUCUCGAAAGCUCAAACCCAAAACCGUUAACAACAUUGUUUCUACUCUCUCUUUGCCUGAUUCGAAGGUUCAAGAAGCUUCUAGAAAACACCGACGGAACUUCUCUCGCUGGAUCCAGCUUCUUCCAAAGGAAUCUUCUCAAUAUUAUCAUCACCGGAUGACUGGUUUGAUUUUGAAGAAGACAAUGUCAGCAAGAGUUAGCCCGGUGAGUCGACGGAAACUGAGUUUCUCAAACGGUGAACGAUCCAACUCGUUCGUUGGAACAGAGGAAUACGUUUCGCCAGAGGUCGUUCACGGUGAUGGCCACGAGUUUGCUGUUGAUUGGUGGGCGCUUGGGAUUCUGACAUACGAAAUGUUAUACGGAAGGACGCCAUUCAAGGGGAAGAAUCGAAAGGAAACGUUUAGAAAUGUUCUGAUGAAGUCGCCGGAGUUCGUUGGAAAGAAGACGGAGUUGACGAAUUUGAUAGAGAAGUUGUUGGAGAAGGAUCCUACGAAGAGAUUGGGUUAUUCACGUGGCGCUAUUGAGAUCAAAGAGCAUCGGUUCUUUAGAGGGGUUAAUUGGGAAAUGUUGACGAAGGUGGUGCGGCCGCCGUUCAUUCCGUCCAGAGAUGAAAUCACCGGAGAUUUAUCGUUGGAGAAAUUUUCCGAUGGAAAGGAUGGUGUGGAUAUUGUAGAUUAUUUUCAGCGGUUGAAAUCGCCUUUGCAGAUGCGUCAAGCGCCUGUGCCGUUACCGUCGCCAGCUUGUUAUAAGUAUAGGAAAAAUGUUUCGCUAACGGCAUUCUGA